AUGGAGAGCGAGAUUAAACCAAUGGCGACUGAGGGAGGCGGAUUGACCGCGACACCUGUUGCUGAACGCGGCAGGAAGCGAUCGCCUUCGCCUCUCACUCUGAGCGACGAUGAGGAUUUAUCCGAUCCUACCCAUGGCUACGGCGAAUGGCUGCUUAGCGACAGCGACGAGGAUGAGGAUCAAGAGGACAAAGGGAUAUACCGACCUUUUACGAUUGAUGAUAUCCCACGGCCCAGUUGUGACCAUAAGCAGCAGACUGAUGUUUUGCAUAAAAAUCCAGAAACUAAGGUUCGAGGGCCUUUACCAUUAAGGCUCUUUCCCGCAUUCAAAUCUGGCAAACAUAUCUUUGGUUCAGAGUAUAAUCUUGCUGAUAAAUCUCAAAUCAGUCUCGAUAGUGUUGGGGAUUGUCCAAAUGAAUGCUGGUGUUAUCCAAUGGGUGUGCUUCAAUUUGUUGAUAUCAAGAUUGCUGGGUAUCGACAUACACAUCCUGGACAGGUCAAGAUAUAUGGUUUCAUUGCAGCACGGGAACCAGAAAACCCCUUGCGCAACUAUGUCUACUGUCGUGAGAUAGAAAAUUGUGAAAGUGUACCUGUGAAGCAAAAAACGGAAUCAGUGGGUGUAUCUAUUAGAACUGGCAGUUGCAAAUGUAGGCAACGUCUAUACAUUUGUUAUACUUAUCUGUCAUCUGAAUUCAAUGUUAUCGAUAACUUUUUCGAGUCGAAAUCGUUCAUUGAUUACCGGCGCUUUUAUGGUGAAAGGUGUGCUCUGGACAUUAAGUAUAUAGUGAUGAUCAACGCGGUGGAGGCACUGGUUGAAGUCACAGCCCUCCGCCUCGACACUAUUCCCGGUGGUGUCAACAUGAAACUAUAUGCCAAGACUAGUGGCUUCAAUGACGUAAUCCCACUAUUCCAAGGCAUCGCUCCAGAGCCAGGAGGUGGCAUGAUGAGAUUCGCUGUAGGGGUGGAGAGGCACAACCGCCUUGAUCUGUGCGUCGGGGGGUCUCGGAGCGAUGAUGCUACCCUAUGCGGACCCUGUGCUGGCAAUGCGGUUUCUUCUCUAGCUACCAUGGGACGAAUGAAGAAGUUGCUGACCUGGGGGUGUUUGCAGCAUUUUCAGCCAAGAUCACCUGGAGAUUGUACAACAAAAAAACCUUGUUGA